AUGAAAAUCCGUCAACUCAAAGUACGACCGAAACACGAAGCGGCCACUUCCCCCUGCGCUGCUGAGCUAGCAGCUAUGCUUGCCUGUUGGGCUUCGACGCACGAUACGGCCAAUGCAGGGGCUUGUAGGGAUGCGGCGAAAGGGUUGCAGAAUUGUAUGAGGUUGCAGGCUAAUGGAGCAGGGAGAGUAAGGGGGGCUUCGACUAUCAAUUAUCAUUUGGCCAAGUGGUCCAAGGGAUCGUAA